AGUUCGUAAAGUCGAAAUUUCAGUAAAAACUGGAUUGUGUGCUGCAAUAAAAUAAAACUGGGUUUCAUAAAGCAAUGUUUUUCUUAAGGUUGGCAGCACUAAUACAUUACAAUGUUAUGUUUUUGCAAACUGUCAAAAUAUAUAGAUUAUCAUUCGAUCUGAUUCACAUACUCGUGGAUAGGUUUAUUGUUUAUCGUGUUUUUUGUUUGGAGAAUAAAGUCUGAAAAGGAUAUUAUCCGUUAAAAGACAGAUUAGUCCGACUAAGGUCGGAGUGUAACAUAAUUAAAUUAAUUGUGUUGAAUGUUAUUAAAUAACUCACGAUAGCAGGUUAAAGUCAAUCGAUAAAAUUAACUUCCACCAUUACAAUUAAGUUUUGGAACAAAGUUCAAGCACUUCGUUAGUGAAAGCGAAGAAACACAAAGUUUCGAAAACAUGGAAAACAUCAUGGUGGAUAACGGCGUAGCUACAAAUAAUUUCAGAAGUCCUAUAUUGAUGGAAUCAAAUUUAAUGCCACCAGCAAGUAUCGCAACCGGCGGAGGAGUACGAACUGUGGGAAAUAGCAGUGACACACAACUAAGCACACCUUUCGCUGGCAAUGUACGUGCGUUACCUCCACCACUACCACAAGCUCCAUAUAAUACCAACACCGGAUAUAGUACCAACAACACUUUCGGUGCGUACGGUGGUUAUACAGGUUACAAUAAUUUUGGCAACAGUUUUGGCUCAUACGGUGGAUAUGGUAACAGUUAUGGCAGUUACGGCUCGUUUGGGGGCUAUGGGAAUGGUUUUGGUGGGGCUUACAAUCGCUUUGGCUUGGGCGGCAAUAAUCCUAUGGAUCCUGAAAUGCGUUUCGUACAAAUGGCGGAAGCGAGCGCAAGACCUGCGUUUCAAAGUAUUGAAUCGCUUGUAUCGGCUUUUGGAAAUAUAGCUGCAAUGCUUGAUUCUACAUUUUUUGCACUGACUAGUUCGUUUCGUGCUAUAUUGGGUGUAGCAUCGAAUUUUGGACGAUUACGAGGUGUAUUUGCACAGUUUUGGCAAACAUUCGCGAUAUUUCGUGGACUAACAUGGAUAUAUAAAAAAAUAAUAUACUGGCUUCGUUUAUCAAAUAUUGAUCCGUCAAGCGAGACGUUCAAACAAGCUUUCGCUGAAGCCGUCAAUGAUUCUUCACAACAAUCGGGCGCACCUAAGUUACCCCACAAAGGUCAAUCCCCAUGGCCGGUAUUGGCUUUUAUAAGUUUUAUAUUUACAGCACCAUACCUUAUAAUGAAACUCUUGGGUACAGUAACAAAUACAGCGCAGGAGGAAGCGCGUAAUCCAACAAAGUGGAUUAAUCCCAUCGAAACUGUUGCAAUGUAUGAUUUUCAAGCUAGAAAUCCUACUGAAUUGAGUAUGCAUAGCAACCAACCUUUGCUCAUUGCGCCGAGAGAAAUACAAAAUACGCUUGGAAUGUUGAACACCGGCUGGGCUAUAGCCUGCACUGUAAACCAACAGAAUGUUGGCAUUAUACCGAUAAAUUAUGUGAAAAGUCCGCAACAAUUGCGUGAAGAGCAACAACAGCCAAAAUGUCUAAAUCAACAGCAACCGAUGUCGCAGUUGACCGAACCGAACAUAAACAAGCAACCGCAGCCAGCGUUAAUGGACUUAUCAGCCUCGUCUUUUCCUGCGCCGCCCACCAUUCAACAAAAUGACGGUACUGACGCUCUGCCUGAUUUCGACAUUGCACCACAACCACUUGGCAAAACCAAUACUGUCUCGAUAUUAGCUCCCAGUGGCAGCGAUGAAAUAUAAUGAGAUGCAUUGCGAAUAAUGUAGUAGUAUGGGUUUGCACCGCUUAAACAUUACAUUAUAUUUAUUACAAAUAUUUUGUUAUUUAAACGUAAUACGUUGAGAAUUCCUGUUGCUCACUUUAAAAAGUUGAGCAUUAGUUAAAACGUUAUGUACGGUGUACUUUGAUCAUGAAAUUUUGUUGUAACUUUUGCUGCAUUUUUUUAACUUCAUAUUUUUUUAAAUUUAAAUAGGUGUAUAGUAAACUUGAAAAAAAUAAAUAAAUACAUAUGUAUAUGCACGUAGGAAUAAAGUUGUAGCUUUAUACAUAAAUAUGUAUAAUAAUUCUUGUGCACGAACUUGUUUUUAAGCUUCAGACUAAAAUAAAAAUAAGUAUAUUAUUUGUCAGAUAAAAUCACUUUAUUAAAAUUAAUGUUAUUUAUGGCAUGUGGUAUUCAAAUAAAAAAAAUAUAUAUUAUGUGCUAGACGACAUACCAAUAAAUGAACCAUACAAAUUCGAAGAGUUUAGUAAAUUUUUAUUUCAUUUUUAUAUUUUUACUUUGUGAAUUUAUUAAAACAAAAAAUAGCUAGGUAGAUGUACUUGUAUAUUACGCUACAUUUAAAAAAUUAAAUCAGUGCAAAACAAUAUUUCGAAACAACCAAUGCCGCCAAAUUUAAUUUGGUCUUUACCACAAGAUUAUAUAGUCUAGAGAAAUAGUAUUUUAUUUAUAACUUAAAAUUUUUGUCAAAUCAAAAUUCAAAAUAUGCUAACUUUAGAUUUUAAGUUUAAUUUUUGAGAUUUGCUUUUUAGUUUUUUUUUUUUAAUCUAUGCUUAAAAAUUUUAAGCUUGUUUAAUAAAUACCCAACAUAAAUAAUUGAA